AUGCCUGAUCAUCCAGGCCGCAGUCAACUGUACUCCCUCGAGCGCUGUGACGGGGACUCAUUGAGUAACAUAAAGCUGAUCAAAACUCAGAUCCAGGAUCUGCAGGCUGUACCGGUUGGCGAUGAGGUCCUUGACCGAGUUAACAGUGGACACCAUAUCCGCCCGAAUGUCAACGGGAGGAAGAACGCGUCUACCCUCCCGAAUAACAUUCAGGCGAACGAUCACUUGGUUUGA